AUGCUCUCCUCAUGCGACCCACUGAAGGUGUUGUGUGUGCGGAUGUGUGUGUUAUACUCCACCAUGUGUCUGGUGGAAGCAGCCAGACUUCGCUGUGGAUCUGAACUCCUCAGUGACCUCAUAUUCGUCUGUGGGGAUCGUGGGAUUUAUUUAGGUAAAGGGUCCUGGUCUGGGUAUGGAGCUCGGCCCAGAGGGAAGGGCAUCGUGGAGCAGUGCUGUCGACCAGCUGGAUGUGAACUCCAACAUCUGGAGAUGUACUGCGCCAAACCAAAGAGCCAGCAGACCACCACAGAGUCUCCAACCACAACUACAACCACAACUACAACUACAACUACAGCCACAACUGCAACUACAGCCACCACCACCACAGCCCCUCAGACCAGCACACAGACAGACAUGGCUCAGCAGUUCCAAGCCGUGUUUCAGAAAAGACUGUUGGAGCACCUGGGAGCUCCAAACAGCCAGAAGAGGGAAGCUUACAGGAGGAAAAGUCAGCCUUCACUAAGAAGGAAAAACAAAGUUUCAUCAUCAUCAUCAUCAUCAUCACGCAGGAGGACUAAAAGCAGAAACACGACCAGCAGACUUUCUCCUCCUCCUCCUCCUACAUCUGGGAGUCUCCUCCAGACAACCCUCACCUCUCAAUCAUGA